UGUCCCGGCAGCAAUCCGACACAUUUUAGAAGACUGCAGCCAGUACGUAUGCGAGCGACGGGCCUUUAAAUGUCAACUUGAAAUGCUCGAUCAGAGGCCAUUCAACAUCUGCAAAGUUCUCGGCCCAUGGUGUAACCCUGGACAUCAGUGCCGUGCACUUGGCGCUUUUCUUUCCUUUCUGAGGGCCACCGGCAUCCUUCACGAACUGUAUGUAGGGAUAUCCUUCCCUCGUCAUCCUCUCAUAUGAACCUUUUUGGAAUGGGGUACGGUCCUGCACCCAACGCAGGGAAACAUCCCACAUCAUCAUCAUCCAUUCAUCUAUGUUGUUGUUGUUGUUGAUAACGUAGGGCUGAGAAAGGAAACCAGGCUGGGGCAAGUUGUUGGUCAGGGUGGAACCGUUGCGCAAAGUACGCUGUUCUAGCACCGUGCGGACUCUAGAGCACAAAAAAGAAAAAAAAGAAAAGAAACGAGAAAGUAAAAAGGAGAAAUGUUUCCUUCAAGGCGCAACAGCAACAACGCUCUAUGUGUCGUUGGAAUACAUCGUUGUUUUAAGAAGCAGUUCAUGGAAUGCCCUAAGAAAGUUCGCCGAAACGUCACUCUUCGCUCAAAGGUUGCCUAUAAGAAAGAAACCUUAUUGCUGAGAACUUUGUAGACUUUGUACGCACAGUGCACCCAUGUAUCAGAGCUCUGCAUUAGUGCUUUGUAUCAAAUAAAUCUUUAUUUUACCCCAAAAUCGCUUUAGUUAUUUUGAAUACCGAGUAACGGCGGCAGGCCUGAAAUCCAGUAGAAGUCGAUGGUAGCCAGGACCGACCGAAAAGCCAGCCAGACAUGGAGGCUCCUGAUUGGCUGACUGGUUGUGCAUAAUAUCCACCUCGUCGCAAUUUCAUUGGUCGUGUGUCCAGUGUUGUGUGAAUUAUCUCAAGCUAUGGGCUCUACGGGGAGCUGUUGGAGGCUGGCGCCACCUCCGGUCUGGGCUCGAUGCGCAUCCAUGUAAACGGUGGUGUAUCGGCCGGCUUCCCCCCGGUUUCGACUCGAUUCGAUACGCUGGUGUCGUAUUCAUGUAAACACGGCUACUACAUCACGUCAGACGAAGCGGACAAAUAUCGAUGUAGGGUACCCUGAACUCGUCGUACUACAUGACGUCCUCCGAACGCGUCUCGCCACGAAAAUUCGUUCCCACAUAACCCUGCCAAGGGCGAAAAAGGGCAAAAGAAUAUCGCGCACAAUGCAACACUUCAAACAAGUCUUCACGCAGCGGCAGACCGUAAUCUGACUCCAUUCUGCUACCAAUAAACUUGGACAUCCGUUUUCGCGCGGGCGCUUUUAUCCCUUGCAUGGCCGACUGGAGAUGGCGAGGGAGAACGUCUCUGGCGAGGGAGAUCGCGAGGCACUCGACGACACCCUCAGUAUGGACUCCUGCUAGAAAAACAGCAGCUUGGUAAGAGUUCUCACACAGCACGUGAAAACUCGAGAUGAGGCGUUCUUCGCCCGAGUUUUAUCGCAUUAUCGCAUCUCUAUAUCGCUAACACAAAUUUGUGUCACGCAGCCUUGUUUGUGGAGAGUACGAUUGCACACUUGGAGAAGCGGUCCAUUUCGCUUCUGAAGACCAUGCAAGAUGGGUUCGGCAAAGGAUCAUCACAAGCCCUCCACAGCGAACUACAGAGAAGUUCCAACCGCAGCGCAAGAAAAAGAUGGUGGGGAAGACGGUGCAUACCAGUGCGGUAUCGGCAGUUAUAGGCCUUCAUGGAUGCAACGGUUUGCCACCUCGAAGUACUACGCCCUCAUAUUAGGUAUGCUGGGACUGUUCCAGGGUGCUUACAAGACAUACCUCGUGGGAACGCUAUCCACGGUCGAGAAGCGUUUCUCCAUGUCCAGCGGGACGUCGAGCAUCAUCAUGAUCGCAGAUGACAUCAGUCCAGUUAUAGGGGGAUUCCUGUUGGUGCUCUUCAUGCACAGAACCAGUAAGCCCAAUUGGGUGGCAAGUGGUAUGCUGAUGACCCUUUUGGGAACCGUGUCCAGCGCCUUGCCGUAUUCGGUGUACGGUGUAGGAACGCAUCUCUUGGGAAAACCAGGAGAGUCGAGGACGGUGAAGAUGCCUUUGUGCAACGAUGACAGUUCGGGGAGCGACUUGUGCAAGCAGGACAGCGACGACGGGAUGUCGUCCGGUCCUUUAGUGUUCUUGUUCCUCGGGAACUUCUUGAACGGAAUGGGAGGCAUGGCGUACUGGGUGAUCGGCACGGCGUACAUGGAUGACAACGUCAAGAAGAAGAACAGUGCGUUGUAUUUCGGUGCGGUGUACGGCUGCAGAUUCUUGGGACCAGUGCUGGGAUUCUUCGUCUCAUCUCUGUGCUUGAGCUACUACGAAAACCCUUUCGAGGAUCCGGGAAUCUCUGCCGAGGAUCCCCGAUGGGUGGGAGCCUGGUGGAUCGGGUACAUCGUCAUCGGGGUCGGAAUAUUCCUCAGUUGCCUGCCCAUGUUCUUAUUUCCCAGGAAGAUAAGAUCGAAGGCCGAAGCAAAUAAGCAGGAAGAAAUGAAAGAUGCCAGCAUUAAAGCACAAGUUAAAGAAACGGCCCAAGUGUUCCGGAGGCUCGCCAAGAACCCCAUCUACAUCUUCCGAACUCUGGGAAACAUCGUCGGAUACAUCGCACUGGCGGGAUACUACAUUUCAUUCCCAAGGUACACAGAACAUCAGUUUCAACAGACAGCUUCGAGGGCCAGCCUGUUCGCAGGUCCAACGUACAUAGUUUCCAACGUGAUUGGUACCGUAGUGGGAUCGCUGUUCAUCCACAAGGUCCAGCCAAGACCCAGGGUCGUGGCUGGUGUCAUUGUUGCCGUGAAUGUGGUCGCCAUGAUUGGAAUCAUGUCGCUGCUGGGUGUCAGUUGUGGGUCGAUUAAGUUUUCUCUACGAAACGACGGCCACAGUGGUCUGACCAUCAACAACGAAUGCAGCAACAGUUGUGCCUGCUCUACGAGUAUCCACCAACCCGUGUGCGACAGGGCCACUGGAACGCAAUAUUUCUCAGCCUGCUUCGCCGGUUGCGAUGCCCCAACAAACAACGACACGGGGUACUCAAGCUGUCGAUGUUUGUCAUCGGAGACGACGACUUUCGUGGAAGGACCCGUCGAGAGUGGGAAAUGCGAGCAGGACUGCUUCGGCGCAAUGAUGAUUUUCUCGGCCGUAGUCUUCUCCAUUCAAACCCUUCUCUCUACGAUGUACGUUGGUGGCACACUCUUGUUAUUGAGGUCAAUGGCUCCCGCAGACAAAAGCAUGGCGCUCACCAUCCAGUCAGUCGCAUUGAACUUGCUAGCCUUCAUCCCUUUCCCACUCAUCUACGGAGCUCUCCUCGAUGCAUCCUGCGCCGUAUGGGAAGACCGUUGCGGCGAUCGCGGCACCUGCUGGAUCUACGACCUCGGCCUCCUUCGAAACCUCAUCCACGGUGUCACUACGGGUCUUCUAGCCGUGAGCUGCUGUUUCCACAUCCUCGUUUGGUACUACAGCAAACGAAUCACCAACUUCUACGAUGACGAAGGAGAAGAAGGGAAAGAGAUAGACGAAGAUGCCGUCGCAGAACUCAACCAGGUGGAAUAUCCAGAAGGUCAUCCACCCCAUUGGCGAACCAGGACGACGAGCAUUGAAAGUUGGGAGUUUCAGAACUUUAACAAAAUGGCAAACGUGUCAGAUCCUCACUAAUAUGUCGGACAAUGGUUUAUAUGUGUAGUGCUUGUACAGUGGAUGUACUGAAUUCCAGGGCAGAGUACGGUAAUGUGUAGAACGAUACGGCUAAGGUGGUAGGCAGUAGGCUUUGAAGAUUAUGAUGGCGACUUCUGAAGCAGAGACGCGUGAGAGACGCUGCCGAAAUCAAGGAACGUAACUUGUGGGACUACCUACUCAUCGAACUUGGACCAGUUAGUCCCUAGUUAGGUGAAGUCUAUAAGUCACCAGUGACUUGUGGAAGCUUCAAAUAAUCGACCUUAGGGGUACUACUCAGGCACGUAGCGAAGAAGACUACCACAUCACCUAGGUACGGCAAUCAGUAGGGCGUCUUGCUGCGUAACUAGCGAGUCAACCCUUGGCCUGCUGUCAACUAAGAAAACAAAGGACCGAUGUGGCAUCACUUCAUAAGGUAACAGUUUUACUUGUGUACAGGCCAGAAGAUACCAAGAGCUACAUUGCUAUAAACACAAGAUGGCAAUGACAGAUUCAAAUUGAGUGACUACCCAGGACAGGCAAGAGCUGCUAGUGAGGUACUCCGGAUGAAUUUCACGCAGUUCCUCCUUGAAAUCUGUCCCGGACGCAAACUGAAAGAAGCUACUUUCACCUAUAUCGCUAGCACAAGUAAGAUGCCGCAAAACGUGAACUGCACAGCAUGGAAUACAGAGGACGCUGGAGGACAUGCCGUUGUGACGACGUGUCGUGUGUAGUGGGAAGAGUGCGUGUGGUACGUCUGCACCAAUCAGCUGCGUGAACAAAUGGACAUAUUUGUACCCUUAGAGAUGGAUGUGCUUGACCUGGCCGUUUUCUCGGUGUUUCUAAUUUUAACUCUGUGGCAUGCUACCUGAAAGGCUCCCACACGUACACAAGGUGUUUCACUUGAGAGUGACCCCUAAUUA